UUCUCUUCAUCAGUUCAAUGACCAAUUCUAGUUCAAAACUUUACCCUAAAUCUCCCCUCCACUUUGGUUAUCUGAACAAAUAACCCUAAUAGAAUUUCAUCUUUCUGAAUCCCCAAAUUCAUUAUGCUAAAUCUCUAAUUUUUACCUUCCCAUUUUGUCAUCAAUCACUAAAAUGGCUCGCCUUCUACGAGAACUUAUCCGCAAACAAUCUUCAACUAGAUUCAUUACAACAUUCACAACUCAAAACUCCAUAAAUCCCUCUCCUCCAUUGUUUUUCAUCAACCAAUCAAUUCUUAGUCAACCUAAAUUCGACCGUGGAGGUGGAUUAAACCCUGAAAACCAACGUUUAACUGAACUCGCCCAUUUCAGUAAAAUGCAGGUUUACCCAAUUUUCUCAUUUGGGUUUUUUAUGGAUCCGAAUUUGUCAUCUGGUUUGGGUUUAUCUCAGCUUAUUGGACCUGAAAUGGAGCGUCCGAAUAUGAUGUGGGCUGAUAGUGUGAAGAGGAAGAGGAAGAGGAAGAUGAAUAAGCACAAGUAUAAGAAGCUUAGGAAACGUCUUCGUCGAAAGACUAAAACUUGAUCAGGUUUCGAUGUAUAUUACUGUCGAGCUGCCACCUACAUUGGGUAUACAUUUGUGGUUUUCCUUCCAAGCUUCAUCGGUUCAUUGUUGACUACUCGACUGUUUGCUGUUCUUUCCUGCCUGUAAGUCUGAUUCACCCUUUUUUGGCCGAUUUUCCUCCCUUAAUUUUGGAUCUCCUUGUAGAUGUGUAUUGACAGCCUGACAGGUUUAAAUUUUGAAGCCUGUACUCUAUUAUCCUGUUUGCGUCUUGAAUCUCUAGGGCGCUAAUUUGAGCAGUCUCGUGUUAGUCCAAAACUCUCAAUAGAAAUAAAGUAGGGUACACAUCUCGAUUCUCACCAUUGAAAUUUCCGGUGAACUUGCUGAUUCAUUUUCAGAUCUAUUUCUUAGUGACUUUCUGGUUUCAAAAAAUGUUUAGAUCAUAGAAGUACACUUGCUAUUAAUCUUACUACCAUUUAUUUUCCUCAUUA